CUCAGUGUGUGCAAACUCUUGUCUGAGUCCAUUAAUUAAAAACAACAGGCUGCAGCCAAGCAGGUCAGAGAUGAGACUCGGGUCAGAGCGAUAAAUUAAACAUCAGAUCCUAAAUUAUGAAUUUUCUUGAAGGGCGGAGGACCUCGAGCUUCUGUAUCUUUAAUAGUGAGCAGGAAGAUGGGAGAGGCUGCGCGUUCACGGUUGCUUUUCUCGCUCCGCAGCGGCGGGAGCGCGCAGUGGAUCCCACACUGGCUGGAGAGGGAAAGAGCAGCCGUCGGACUGCAACAGCGACUCACCGGGAAAAAUGAUCCCUCCACCGUCGUCCAUCAGCGCUGUCCUGGUCUGCAAACGCCGUGUGAACGGAUCCACGACGGAUGAGGAUUUUAGUUUUUGCCACCAAUAAACUUGUUUCACGGGACUUUCGACUGCGAGCUUGUAUAAUAAGACACAGGAACCCAAGUUGAGACUGUUCAGGUGCAGAAAAUGGCCAAACGACUCCUGCAGAUCCUUGCCUUGUGGACUUUUGUCAUCGGCAUUGUGCAGGGCUGUCCAGAGCAGUGCAGCUGCCAAGACAAAUUUGCCCACCAGUUUGCAGACUGUGCUUACAAAGACCUGCUGGUGGUACCUGUUGGUCUCCCCUCCAAUGUCACCACUGUGAGCCUUUCGGCCAACAAGAUCAAAUUUCUGAAAAGUAAAAGCUUCAUCAACAUCACGCAGGUCACCUCUCUCUGGCUGGCUCACAAUGAGAUCGUCACGAUAGAAACAGACACGCUGGCGCCCCUGAAUCAGCUUCGCAACCUGGACAUCAGUCACAAUAAGAUUGUGAACUUUCCAUGGGAGGAUCUGUUCAACCUCACAGCUCUUCAGCUUCUGAAAAUGAACAACAAUGAGAUGGAGAACCUUCCAAUGGAUGCCUUUUCCACGCUCAAAGAUCUGCGGUCCCUACGCAUCAACAACAACAAAUUCACCACCAUCGUGCAGGGUACCUUCAGUGCUCUCUCCUCUUUGUCCCAUCUUCAGAUUUUUAACAACCCUUUUGCCUGCUCCUGCAGUCUGGAGUGGCUCAGGGAUUGGAUUUCUACAACAAAAAUUUCCGUCCCUGAGUUGACCUCAAUUGUGUGUGACACCCCUGAAAACCUGAAAGGUAUGAUGGUCACAAAUGUUCCUAAACUGGACUGCGAGGCUCCUGCUGUCACUGUAACAUCUCAGCCAAACAUUGAGGAAUCAGAUCUCUAUGAAGGUGUCAUGGUCAUCUUAAACUGUGUGACAAAGGGAAGCCCCACGCCACAGGUCAGCUGGGAGGUGACUGUUGGAAAUCAAAAUUAUAUGUUUCCUUUGCCCUCCACUGUAGAAAUAAAUGAUAAGCCCAUUAAUGAUAAGACAACCAGCGACAGAUUCCUUGUUUUCAGAAACGGCUCUCUCAUUAUUCCUCGUUUGAGUAAAAAGGAGAAUGGUAAUUACAGCUGCACUGCAGUCAAUGACUUAGGAAAGGCAGAGGGAGGCGUUAGAGUGGUCCUGACAGCAAAACAGAAACAAGAUGGCAAUUCAAUUCCCGAUUCAACUGUAGACAAGAUCCGUCCAUCCAGUAAGAAGCCCUCAGACCCCAUGACCUCUAAGAACAAUGUGAUCAACUGGGAUAAACCUGGAGAAAAGAUCAAAAGUGAGCCUGAUGGUUCAAAAGACAAAAGUGACAAAACCGAACAGACUGCUUCUAAGGACCUGACUUUUGCGAGCCGUUGUGGCGUCCGAGACAGCAGUGAAUACAUCUCCAACCAUGCUUUUAACAUGAGCUUAGAUGACCUGAAGCAGUACACGUUUGAUUUUGGUGUCCUUGCAUUAGAAGUGUCCGAGACUGAGGCUAAAGUGCAGCUCAAUCCGCUGCAGAUUCCCAGCAGCAAAUCCAACCUCCAUCUGAGUCAAGCCGAAAACCAGGAGAUGGUGAUCAAAGAGCCUGUUGGGUUGUACCAGUCAUCCAGUAAGACCACCCUCGACAUACUCUACCUCUGCGUGGACACUGGGAACGGACACUCCAUGGUUGAGUGGUCGAAGAUAGAGGAGGGGAAAAAUGCCUACCAUUUCCACGGCUUGCAGCCUGGCACCAAUUACACACUUUGUCUCACCUAUGGGGGGCAGGACUGCCAGGUCCAAGUAGUCUUCACAACGAGGAAGAAGAUCCCCUCCCUGCUUAUCAUUGUGGUCGUCAGCAUUUUCCUAUUGGGUCUGGCCACUGUCCCCCUGCUGGGGGCCACCUGCUGCCAUUUACUAUACAAGUAUCAAGGGAAAACCUACAAGCUGAUCAUGAAGGCUCAGAAUCCCGACCAGAUGGAGAAACAAAUGAAAGAUUUCGAUCCGCGCGCCUCUUUCGUGGAGUCUGAGAAAACCUUCAACCCCAGCGAGCUGGGCGACGGGGAGGCAGAGGGAGAGGCCGAGGGAGAGGAGGGCGACGGGGAGGGGGAGGCCGAGGGCAGCGUGGUGACCGAGUCCAUCCCCGGAUCCUCGUCCAAAACCAACCCGGAGGAGUUCGAGGUGGGCUCGGAGUACAGUGACAGACUACCGCUGGGAGCCGAGGCCGUCAACAUCUCGGAGGAAAUCAACGGAAACUACAAGCAGCCGAGCCGCUGACCCGCCGACCCGUCUGCCAGUGUGUUGUAAAAAAAAAUAUUUUCCUUUUUAAGUAGCCUACAUUCAAGCAGGUAACUCACACACAUCAGUACAAGUGAAAACGGUGGCGUCGUAUUUGGA